GUGCGUCUACGUCAAGCUCAAAAUUCUCAGUCUGGUCUGGUUAUCCUUAUCUUUUUUAGAGCUUCUGCGCUAUCGUAAGAUGGAGGUAAUAUCUUCUUCAUCCUCAACUUUAAAUCCUAACGCUCCAAUGUUCAUACCACUCGCCUAUCGGACGGUCGAAGAUUUCUCUGACCAAUGGUGGGCCCUUGUCCAAUCAACGCCGUGGUUCCGUGAUUACUGGCUCCAAGAACGCUACUUUGAUCCCCAAUUCGACCCGCUUUUCUCCGAGUUUGACGAUCUUGCCAUCCCUAGCGACGACGAUCUCUUCAACGACGAUCUCUUCGACGACGGCGACUGGAGCUACCACCAGGCGGCGGAGGAGAUGGAGUCGGGGAAGGAGUUACUUUCGAUUGGGAAAUUGAAAUGGAAAACGGGUCCAGUUUUGAAUGAGAAGCCGAGGUAUGCAGAGAAGGUUCCAAAGAUCGUGAAAGCGAAGCUGAGUCCUAGGCCGAUUCAGCAGCCGCGGUAGAGUUUAGUCGAUUCGAGUUGAUUGAGAAUCCGUUUUUCCUUUGAUGUUUUUGUUUUGUAUAUGGUGGUCGCUCAAAGACUUGGGUUUAACUUUGUACUUGGUGUAAAUUCUGAAUAAAACGUAAUUUGAGUUAUUAUAUAAGAAUGAAUUUCCAGUUUAUGAUCUCA